AUGUCUAACUCCGAAGAAGGACAAUUCACCAUUCUUUAUUUUGCUACAGCUAGCUCGUACACGUCGAAGGAUUCCGAGGCUUUUCCUGCACCUCUACCUCUUUCGCGAUUAUUUGAGACUUUAGAGGAUCGCUACAAUGGAAUAAGAGAUCAGGUGUUACACAGUUGUCUGGUGACUAUCAACUUCGAGUAUGUUGAUAUCCCAGUGGGAAUCUCUGAUAGUCCUGAAAUAAUUAUCAAAGAUGGGGAUGAGGUUGCAAUCAUUCCACCAUGGAAUAAUAAAGAGGGGAAGAAUUGGGAGGGGUAUUGGACAGAAAAACCAAAGAGAUUUUCGGGGGAUUUUUUUGCAGGGGUGGGAGGAGGUGGGCGUGCUGUAGUUAAGAAUCCAAGUACAUCUUGGAGACCUCCUAGUUGUGCUAGAAGGCUUUCUCGGAUAUCGCCCCCACACCUCAAACCACCCUCGAUUGCUCUCCCCGUUCCCCAUACACUUCAUUAUGAGGAUGACGAGCCCCAUUGCCAAAAGCGUUCCAUAAAUCGAUCCCAAAAACGUCAAAAACGUGAUCCUGAACAACGCAUUAGUCUCGAGGCAAAAGGCGUGGAAUCAGCUAAAUUUACGUGGAAACAUGACAACCGAAAGGCCUAG